AUGAAGCGCACCGAGCGGCGGUCUGCCGUUGGCGUGGGCGUGGGCGCACUCGUGGCGGGACUCGUUGCACUCAGCCUCCUCGCGACCCAAGCUAGCGCUGGUGAGGACAGACGAGUGCUUCUUUUCCUCUCUUCUUUACCACCUCUUUUGCCCCCGACAGACGAGUGCUUCGGCUUGGAUUGCGGGUUCAAGGACUGUCUUUUGAACACUUUUGGCCAACCCGUCUGCAUUGGCUCGGGGGAAGAAUGGAAUCCGGAUGCAUGUCUCAGUCAGAACCUGUUUUGCGGGGAAGCAGAGUGCGUCGUGCAGGAUGGUACAACACGUUGCCAAUGCAAGGAAGGUUUCGUCUUACAAAAAGAUACUUACAAGUGCAUUGCUGGUGAGUGCUGGAGUGUGGGUGGGUGCGGGAGUGUGGGUGGGUGCGGGAGUGUGGGGCGGGUGCGGGAGUGUGUGUGGGUGCGGGAGUGUGGGUGGGUGCGGGAGUGUGGGGCGGGUGCGGGAGUGUGGGGCGGGUGCGGGAGUGUGGGUGGGUGUGGGAGUGUGGGUGGGUGCGGGAGUGUGGGCGGGUGCGGGAGUGUGGGCGGGUGCGGGAGUGUGGGCGGGUGCGGGAGUGUGGGUGGGUGCAGGAGUGUGGGUGGGUGCGGGAGUGUGGGGUGGGUGCGGGAGUGUGGGGUGGGUGCGGGAGUGUGGGUGGGUGCGGGAGUGUGGGUGGGUGCGGGAGUGUGGGCGGGUGCGGGAGUGUGGGCGGGUGCGGGAGUGUGGGCGGGUGCGGGAGUGUGGGCGGGUGCGGGAGUGUGGGCGGGUGCGGGAGUGUGGGGCGGGUGCGGGAGUGUGGGGCGGGUGCGGGAGUGUGGGCGGGUGCGGGAGUGUGGGCGGGUGCGGGAGUGUGGUCAGGCUGAUGUUGACUCCUUCCCUCCUCCACCCAUGGCAGCGGCAGACCCGUGUAAGACGGGCACUCUCAGGUGCGGCAAGAAUUCCAAGUGCGUUGUGAAGUACGGGCAGGGGAGUUGCGAGUGUGACGCCGGCUACACCAAGAGGAGCGGCCUCUGCACUGCCGUGUGCAAGCGGGCCUGCCCUGUGAAUGCGCAGUGCACGGUGGAGAGAGGAUAG